GCCAUUUUGCAUCAUGUUCAUCUUUUAGUAUCUUCAGAGCUUUUUUCUUAUAAAAUUAUGACGUGUAUUAUUAUUUUACAUUGAAAUAAUUUUUUUUCCAAAGUUAUUUUCAUUAUCAAUGCAUUUUUUAAAUCUGAUCAAUUACUUUAAUUAAUGAGCAAAGGAAAGGAUUCAUCCCCUGCAGAAACUGCAGGAGGAGAAGAAUUUAGUGUUGAAAAAGUUUUAGACAGGAGAGUAGUUAAAGGAAAAGUUGAAUAUUUUUUAAAAUGGAAAGGAUACUCAAAUGAAGAAAAUACAUGGGAGCCAGAAGAAAAUCUUGAUUGUCCAGAUUUAAUUGCACAAUUUGAAGAACAACGAAAAAAGAAAGAAGCAGCUGCAGCUGGUAAACGAUAUGAAGACAAAGAACAAAAGAAACGAAAAAGUUCAAGUGGCCCUUUACCUACUCAUACUAAAAAAAAAGUAACUGAAGAAAAGAAACCUGAAGGUUUUGAUAGAAAUUUGGAACCUGAACGUAUUAUUGGUGCAACAGAUUCAAGUGGAGAAUUAAUGUUUUUAAUGAAAUGGAAAGGAACAGAUGAUGCAGAUUUAGUUCCUGCUCGAAUUGCCAAUGAAAAAUGUCCACAAAUUGUAAUAAAGUUUUAUGAAGAACGAUUGACAUGGCAUAGUCCUGCUCAUGAUGAGGAAAGUUCAGUAAAAGCUGAUGCAGAGUAGCGUCCAGCCUUCCGAUAUACAUACACAGCACGCUUUAGGAUUUGUCGCAUAUAACAAAAAAUAGCGUGUACAGAAUGAAAAAUAUGAAGAUUUAUUGAUUAUUGCACAGUAAUAAUGUUAUCAAUUUUUUUUUUUAAUGAUUAUUGAUGAACUACUAAAAUUGAGCAAACAAACAUUAAAUAUUUCUGUCAUUGUUAGUGAAAAAUAAUUUACAAUAUAUACUCUUAUACUUCCAUAAAAUGUAUACUUUCAAUUUUUUUUGCAACUGUUAAUUUUUAUAUUAGCUAGAUGAAAAUUGAUUCUUUAUUGUUAAUUUAAGAAUUUA